AUGAACAGAGAUCAACGACCUGUGCAGCAGAUGUCAUAUGGUGGUCCAGAAAACCCGGGCCCUGGUCCUCGUUAUCCAGGAGGGGCCGGAGGCGGAGGUGGAGGUGGAGGUGGAGGUGGAGGUGGAUACAAUAGUCAUAACCAUCCCUUGCGAGCCAUUCCUAUGCAUCUCCAACGUCCGCCCUUUGAGCAACCUUUUCCUUCUCAUCCCAAAUCUCCUAACCCACUAGAUGAUCUUAUUGAUACAGAAAAGGAAUAUGUCGCCGAUCUUAAAGUCCUUCUUCAGCGCGUAUCUGCAGGAUGGACUCAGGAUGACUUUCCUCCCAAGGAGGUCGACAUCUUGCUCAGGAAUGUCGAAGACAUCUACGCAGUCAACCGCAAGUUCUCAAAGAAGUUAGCAGAUGUCAAAGCACCUGGCGCUGAUACGAUGAAGGAGCUAGGUACUGUCUUGAUGUGGUUUGCUGAUUCAAUGGAGACCUCAUACUCCAACUUUUGUCGCAACCAUGUCCCUCAUUUUGACAACUGGCCCGAGAUCAUAAAUAAUACGCGACUCCAGGAUAUUUUGGCUGAAAUCGCUGUAGAACAAGUUCAGCAUACCACUCUAGAUACUUUCUUGAUGAAGCCCAUUGAUCGUCUACACUACUAUCGUCGACUCUAUAUGCGUCUGCUAGAGUCAUCUGAGCGUGGAAAACCCGACUUUGAUGCGUUGGAGGCAGCGUUUAUGAGGAUCGAUACGAUUCUACGAUUCGUGACCGUGGAUGUGCCUGGCACUUCCCGGCAUCCUGCCUCACCAGCAUUGUCCGCCAUUUCAGGCAUAUCUGCCAUGCGUCAGGCACUCCCUUCGCCACCCAUCGGCGCUGCCGAUCAGGCACCUCCCAAUUUCCCACCCCAACACGGGGGCAACUAUAACAAUACUAUCUCCCCAGCCCUACCGCCUUCUCCUCACUCUCCCGGUAUGAAUCCGGAUCAGCGACCCUCACAACAUCCUUCUGCUGCUCGAACAGUAGAGGCUAUGCAGGCACUGGAGCGUGCAUUGGAUACCUCAAAGGUCCUUGAUAUUUUCACAAUGCAGCCCAAGACUUGCUCGUUAUCAUUAUCACUGAUCGAACGUGAUGUCCUACUCCGUGGAGAUCUUCCGUUCUCUGUUACAACAGAUGAAGGUGUAGAAAAGUUUGAUGAUGGACAUAUUAUCUUGCUCUCAGAUCUGUUGCUCAUGUGCAGAAUCAAGACUCCAGAGGAGAUCGAGGCCAACCCUGAGGGCAAUGAGUCUGAGUUCUGGCUUUUAUUCCCACCCCUGGCCGUCCGACAUAUCGUUGCUCGUGAUGGUACCAUCGAAGAAGACGAUCCUAUGGUAGAGUUUGUAAUUGUCAAUAGGGUGACUACACGGAUAUGGACGCAUGACGACGAACUCAAGUUCAGGUGGAUCGAUGAAGUCGCUGCUGCUCAACAAAGAGACGCUGCCAGAAUGGCUAGUCUACAACAACAAGGUUUGAAUAGAAGUCAAACACAGUCUCGACCACCCAUGAGGCCCAUGGGACCUGGAUCACCCUUGUCCCCUACGUUCCAAGGCGGACCAGGUGGGCCAGGCGGCGACCCGCAUUAUCAUCAGCAAUAUUAUAACAACGGACCCAUGUCACCUCCCUUCCAAGGACAAUAUCAGUAUUAUCAACCUCAGGGCAGUCCCAUGGGUCCUCGUCCACACAUGGGUCCCGGAGGCCCUAAUGGUAUGCCUUCACCUGGCUUUAGGCCUAUGAUGAAUCAUGGAGCCCCUAUGAUGAACCAACAGCGUCCACCUCGUCCUCCAAAUGACCACCGCAUGAGUAUGCGAAGGACUAAUACAAUGAUGGUGAGGCCCGGACCUGGCGGUCUUCCACAUGGACAUCCUGCAGGCGGGAUGGGUAACGUGGUGGCUGCCAAAGAAGUUUUAUUCAAAACCAGACCUUGUGAUGUGUUCCAAUGGCGUGACGAUGAAUGGGAACCGUUGGUGGAAGAUGAUGAUUGUUAUGCAGAGUUGCGACUGACAACAGCCAAUCGGUUGGCGAUGGCGGUGACGAGAUACGAGACAGGCCAGCUGGUUCUGAAUGCCUGGAUUGUGGAAUCAACAACGUUCCGUCGUGCUUCCGAGACAGAUGUGAGUGUGUCAAUGGAUAUGGGUGCUUCUGUUCAAUGGUUCAUGGUUGCGCUGGACACGGUUCGAGAGGCCGAUGAGUUCUGUAUGGCAUUCCAACGUACUAAGGAACGAGCCAUGUAUGACCCCAGCAUUCAGAAGGCGUCAUCUUCACCCGUCUUAUCUCGAGGUGAUAGUCUUGCCUCCACACCCACUCAACAGACUAUACAGCAGAACAAACCUGUGAGACAAACCUUGACAUCGAUGUAUCCACCUGCAGACUGCAAGCUGUUGUUGCAGACAGGAGAUCAUGGUCAAUGGAUGAGUCUGGGAGCUGCAAAGGUUGAGAUCAAGAGGGAACACCCUUCUGGAUAUGUGAGAUUGUUUGUGGGAUUGAUCUCGAGCCAGAAGCGGAUCCUUGACAGCGUCAUUGUCCAAUGCGACUGUCUAGAAUUGGUCGGUCCCAAGAAGCUGGCCAUUACUCUGAUGAACCCACAAGAAAAGAUGAGUAUCAUUUACAUGCUUCAAUUUAAGGACGAUGCCCUGGCCUCCAAGAUUUUUGAAGGUCUCAGCUUAAACACAAAUGAGUAAAAAAAGGGAAAAAUAGAAUGCAUUUACAAUUUAAAAAAAUAAAAUAGAAG